GUCAGGACAGGAGUGGAAAGUUUUUUUUUUAAAAGGAGUCACCACUAGAUGGCAACAACAACCACACUGACCACAGUAUAAUCCAGUCAGACCAGACCAGUCAUCAGGUGGUGGUUUGACUGGACCCAGGAUGAGAUCCAGAUGUGACUGAGCCUCUGGUUGCCUCACCAAGGACAAACAAUUGUGACGCAACUACUCCUGUCCUACUUGACAAAAAAAACCUGCAGCGCUCAAAGCAAACAGGGAUUAUUAAAUUCUUUUUUCUUACUGGAAAUAAGCUCACUGUGUUGUUGGACACUAACGGCUGCUGAUAAAGUUGUGGGAGAGAACACAGGGUCUCUGUUGGUGACUCACUGUGGACAGACGCUGUAUAAAUCUGAUCGUUCAUAUUUGAUGGAUGAGAGUUUCUUCAUCGGGGGAAUUCCUGAAACUUGGGGUCCUGUUGAGUAAUCUCCCCCACCACUGUCAUAAUAUAUGACCCUGAUUGUUACAGUGCUGGACCAGAGGAGAAGGCUGAACUCUGAGGAACACAUCAUGAAGUUGAAUUUGGCUGCAGCUUUAUCUUCUUUGGCAUUGUUGCUCGUCUCUCUGUCUCCAGUUUGCUGUCAGCAGCCUGUGAACUGCAGAUGGGGGGCGUAUGGAGAGUGGUCUGAAUGUGAUGGCUGCACCAGGACUAAGGUGCGUACCCGCCACGUGGAGGUGUACGGCCAGUUUGGGGGCACGCCAUGUUCAGGGGAAACCACACAAACACAACCAUGUGUCCCACAGAAAAGAUGUCCCCUGGAAACAGGCUGUGGAGACAGGUUUCGCUGCACCUCUGGUAAGUGUAUCAGCCACUCUCUAGUGUGUAACGGAGACCAGGAUUGUGACGAUGGUGCGGACGAGAGAAGUUGCGACCAAGACAACAGCCAGUACUCAUGUGACCUUGACAAAACGCCGCCCAACUCUGACCUUACGGGCAGAGGGUAUGACGUGUUAACGGGGAAACUGAGAGGUGGUGUGAUCAACACUCUGAGCUUUGGAGGCCAGUGCAGGAAGGUGUUCAGUGGUGACCACAAAGUCUUCUACAGACUGCCACAGAACAUCCUCAGGUACAACUUUGAGGUGACAGUUGACAACGAAGAGAGUGAUGAGUCCUACGACAGCUCCUGGGCCUACACACAGCACAUCCAGGCCAACGCCUUGAUAGGACACGACCGCCGCACCUUCCACAAAGAAGUCACCGACACUAAGGCCUACAAACUGAUCAUCCUGAAGAAUAAAGUGGCACUGGCGCAGUUCCAAAACUCUGCCCCGCAGUAUCUCACCCUGGCCGAAGGUUUCUGGAAGGCCUUGUCCUCACUGCCCCUCACAUACGACUACUCCGCCUACCGCCAGCUGUUGCAGAUGUAUGGCACUCACUACCUCUCUGAGGGCUCACUCGGGGGCGAAUACCAAGGCUUGUUGGAGUUAGACCGCCAGUCAUUUACCUCAAGCAGUACAACAACUAUAGAGUACCAGAGGUGUUGGAGAAAAGUGAAACGGCGUUUCUUCAGGAAGAAAGUGAAAACCGUCUGUGAAAAACUGACGAAAGCUCUUUCAUCCAAAGAUGGACACAGUGUAAACAAAUUGCCUAUUAAGGUCAACAUCUACGGUGGAGAUCUGGCCUUCAUUGGAGCUCUGACUGUUCUGGAUCUGGAAAACCCAGAAAAUAAUGGAGAAGUCUAUGAUAACUGGGCCUCAUCUGUCAAAGACUUCCCUGAAGUCAUAGACCAGAAGCUGCGUCCUCUGUAUGAGUUGGUGAAGGAGGUGCAGUGUGCAGGUUUGAAAAAACUCCACCUGAAAAGAGCCAUAGAGGAGUAUAUGGCAGAAGAGCAUCCCUGUCACUGCCGACCCUGCCAGAACAAUGGCCAGCCGCUGCUGACGGGCUCCGAGUGUCGCUGCGCCUGCCGGCCGGGAACCUCAGGACGAGCCUGCGAGACUGGAGCUGUGAUUGGAGAGCAACCAGGGGUGAUCCACGGCAGCUGGAGCUGCUGGUCCUCCUGGGGAUCUUGUUCCGGAGGUCAAAGGUCGAGGACUCGCAGCUGCAACAACCCAGCUCCCAGGGGAGGAGGCCACCAUUGCGUUGGACUGCCAGUUGAGCAGAAACCAUGUGAGGAACCAGAUAUCCAGUAUCUACAGACGAUGGAGCCUCAGUGCUUCAGUCUCUCUGUGACGCCACCAAAGACAUGUGGUCCGCCUCCAAACCUCAGGAAUGGAUUCAUUCAGAAUCCCAAAGAUUUUUACCUGGUUGGAAACACGGUGGAGUACUCCUGCGUAGACGGACAUUACCUCAGUGGAGGUGCUGCGGCUCGAUGUGGUGAAAACCAGAAAUGGGUGACAGGAGCAAUGGUUUGUAAAAGUUCCACAUGUGGGAUUCCCCCACUCAACAGUGAAGUUACAGCCACGCCCAACAAAGCUUCCUAUCAGAUUGGAGACAGGGUGUCCCUCUCCUGUCCUGCAGGAUCAGAGCUGGAGGGUGAGGUGUCGGAGAUCUUAUGCAGUCCCAGUCUGCAGUGGUCUCCCUCUCCGGCAGAUGCUCACUGUAAAGCAGCGCCCACAGCUCCUUCUCCUCCAUCUGACCUGAAGUGUAAACUGUGGGAGAGCGUAGGAAAAACUGGCUGUGUGUGUAAAAUGCCGUUUCAGUGCUCGACCUCUCUGAAGUUGUGUGCCAGACUCGGCUCAAGCCCAACCCGUUUACUGGGUGUUUGUCAGCUCGGAGCUCUGCGAUGUGUGGGACACAACUUCACCUUGGCCACUGAUGGCGACUGUAAAUGGCCGGAGGAGACAUUCACGUCCUGUGACGACUGCAAACCAGGGACAGUCUGUCAGGAGUCAGCAAGAAAAUGCAUUUGCCAGAACGCGUCAGAGUGUCCUAAAGACUCUGCCCCCCUGUGCGUUAACACUGAUGCUGGAGGCGUUGCCACGACGAUGACUGAAUGCGAGGUGGGGGCCAGAAGGUGUGCUGGGGAGCAGGUGAAUGUGAUCAGUAUUGAAGCUUGUCCAGAAUAAAGGUGGUUGUUGUUUUACUCUCUGUACAUAAAAAGCAGGAACUUGUUUUUUUUUAAUCAGUGAUUAAAUUGUAAAUAGAAAGGAAAUAUCUUGCUAACACUUGAAUGAUGUAAAUAGGUUCCUCUGCCGUCCUGUGGUGCGUUUUUAUAUUUGUCACAGACGAUGGAUAAUUCACGACAUUUUGAAUGUGAAGUAAACAUAAUGUUCUGUCAGCCUGACUAAAUUUGAAAUAAAUCCUGUUGUUUUGGUUAAAGUUAAUAAAA